GAUCUCUAAGUAUACUCAUCAAUUCUUCAUCUUCAUCAUCAACAUAACAAACAGCAGAACCAAAUAUGUCUGGUAUUUCUGAUCAUCAGUUCUUUUUCGCCGAUGGAAUGUUAAUCCACUCCAGAAGGUUACUCUUCCUUCACUCCCACCUUAAUUCUUCCAAAACCAACUCGACAGAUCCUUCCUUCCUCGGAGAUGGUAACUUCGAUGCAAAUGUUAUCAUGGUACUGUCUGUCCUCUUGUGUGCUCUCAUCUGCUCGCUGGGUUUGAACUCCAUCAUCAGAUGUGCCCUAAGGUUUUCCAACAUCGUCGUUAACGACCCCGCCGCAGCCGCCGCCGCCACUAACUCGCCGGCUCGACUGGCCAACACUGGAGUGAAGAAGAAGGCCUUGAAGACGUUCCCGACAGUGACGUACUCUAUUGAGUUGAAGCUCCCAGGUCCGGACACAGAGUGCGCGAUCUGUCUCUCGGAGUUCAACAGUGGCGAUCGGCUUCGGAUUCUUCCCAAGUGCAACCAUGGCUACCACCUUCGUUGCAUUGACAAGUGGCUCGGCUCGCACUCGUCUUGCCCUAAGUGCAGACGCUGUCUCCUUCAGACAUGUCAUAAGAUCGUAGAUUCAUCCACAACGUCCCAACCUUCUUCUGCUGAAACUAUUGUGAGGAUCUCACCUUUAGAACCAGAAGCUAUGGUGCGUAACUAUACCUAGCUAGUCAGAGACAUGAGAAAUUCGGUGAGAAAUAGAAUUAUGAGUGUUUUCUCGCGAUAAUGGCCGUGAGAAAAAUCAUUAGUUACUAAAUUUGUAAUUGCCAUCUUUCCCACUUUCAUCGUAAGUGUAUAUACAUAUCGAGUUGUGAAAUUAUUCUGAUAAGCUGUUAAUUUGAAUUUUACCCCUUAGCCCUGA